GAUUUAAAACCUGGGCUGUGAAGCCCUAAUGCUCGUGGCUAUGCAGCGUGGAAUUAGUCUAAUCGUGCGAAGCGUCAGUCUAGUGUAGUAGUGCUUGAAUUUCACUCACUCAGCUUAGCAUUUCCCCGCAUGGGAAUGCAGUGAAAUUUAGGGAUCACAGAACAGUUCUGUGAAGGUUGAGUUCGCCAAUUGAAGUUGUGAAUUACGAGAAUCGUUUGGGAGUUGAUUUUUUUGCAGCGAGUUUUUGGAUUUUGCACCGGUCGUCAUUUGGUGAAUUUGGCAAAUUUGGAGAGCGAUGGCAGCUCGAGGUCGUGGGCGGGGGAGGGGUCGAGGUGGAGGAGCACAGUUUCUGGCCAGAGACGAUGAUGGGAACCUGAUUUUCAAUAAGAAGCAGGAGGGACCGACUCCUCUGUUUCCUAAAGUCGAACGACUCCCAGACUUGCCUACAGUAACGAAGAGAGAUGAAAUGUUGGUGUUUCGGCGACAUCACCUCCAGAAAGCAUGGGAAUGCUCGCCGUACUACAUUGAAAAGAUCAAAACGAAGACUGAGGGUAUAGUAGCCGAGAUAGAUCGGUAUUCCGAUCGGUACCGGACUAACAGAAGAGCCAACCGUGUGCCGCUCAACUCUGUGCUUAAGUUAACCGGUGCUUCUUUCCCAGUAGAACUGUUGGGUCAAGGUCGUGGUCGGGGAAAAGGGGUUUUGCCUCCAGGUUCCACCCCAUGGGUGUUACAAACAAGUUUGGCAAAGACUGAUUUACAUAGACUGGAUCAGCUUGCUUCACUAGAGCAAAGACGCCUGAAAGAUGAGGAGAAAGGGGAUAAAGAUGGCGAGGAGAAGAAGCCUGGAGAAGGAGAUGAUGGUGAUGGCGAAAACGAAGAAAUUGAGGAUGAGGAGGAUGAGAUUGCAGACGAUGACUAUGCUCAGACCUUUGGCUUCGACGAUGAUGAAGAAUACGAUGUGGAUGACGGUGGAGAUGAUGAAGGACCGGUUUACUAGGCAUAUGUCAUCAUCAACGUUCAAUGUCAAACUUCUGAACGAUUCAUUUUGUACCCAAUAGUAGCCAGGAAUAUCAUUCAAGGUCAUUUUUGGACUUAUCAUUUAUUGGUUUACAAAACCAGAAGCGCUUGAUUCAUCUCUAGCAUUUGACUCAUCGUUGCCACUGCUUUUGCUGUUCCUCUAUUGUGGAAGCAAUUGCAUGUGUAGACCAGUAACUAUAAGACCACCACAUGAUUUGCCAGACACCAAUGCGUGUGGAAGUGGAUACUUGCCGGUGCAAAAAAUGAACUUGUAUGAAAUCGCCACCGGUCAUGGUUUUCUAUUUGGUCAACCACAUCUUGGCCAGAAGCGGUCAAAAGUGGGAUUCUGCUGUUUGAGUACGGAAAUCUUUCAGCUUUUUGGCGAUUCCCUCUCCGUUUCCCAUGGUCAGUUUCAUCUAUGAAGCGCGGGAUUGGGAUUUGAAACUUUUUUUUGAUGACAGACAAUUAUUGUUUUCAUGUGUCUUCCUAAUUCCGAGGGUGAAAUGCGGCAAUUUGUUUUACCUUUAGUUGCCGUGGGUUUAAUUUA